AUGAUCGCGAAAUUAUUGCCGAUAUACCUGCUGACGCUUCAGCAGAUGAAUCAUUCGAGACAUUUAGCGAUCAUCGAUCGACACAUCGAAGACGUUGUUCGCGAAACGAGAUUUUCGAACGUGCAGCUUAUCGUGCACAGUCCUUCAGGAAGCAAUUUCGAAAUGGCGGAAAGUAUCUAUAAAACCGUGGCUCGAGUCGUACCGACGAAUUACGUUUCUCUGAACGACUCGAUGCUCGAGGAACUGCCACCCCUCGUUGUAUUUCGCGCAACGCUGAUCCUGUACCUCUUCAUCGCGGAAGGUCCUCCGGAUCUGCAACAAAGGGAUGGUAUAAUGCGCGUGAUCGCGUCCAACGGCAACCGUCCAAAGGUUCUGAUAAUAACCAUGUUGGAGGAGCAAAAUUGCAAUUUCGAGGCGCUUUUCAAGCAAGCGUGGGACGCUCGGUUCAUCGACGUGACGAUUUUAGAGAUCUCGAAGCUCGAUGGCCGCGAGAACGCCGUGGAGGUUCAUCGAUACGAUCCGUUCACGAAUUCCUACGACCAGCAGCCUUUUGUUCCCGGUAUAGAGUUGUUUCCGAAUAAAUUAAGAAAUCUCCACGGUUAUCCGGUCGUGGGGUCAGUGAUAAAGCGCGAGGGCCAUCUCUGGUUGCCAAAGGAGAUGCCAGGGCACUCGGUGACGAACCCUGACAUACAGACCGCCCAGGUACUCGCCAGUGUGAUGAAUUUCACUUUCGUACACCAGAAGCUGGAUAAAGAUCUGUUCAACCAGAUAAUGAGCAGAGAAAUUGACAUAAUAGUCACGACACUGUCAGUGUUCGCGCAGGACCGAUUGACAGAUAUCGAUUACACGUUGCCGCUAGACUUCGAGACUUGGUGUCCGGUGGUACCGAUCACGUACACGUACAACAACUCGUGUAAAGGAGCUAUGGUUGGCAUAGGCGUGAACUGCGUGGCUUUCCUGAUAAUCUGGGGAAUAUCGAGAGCUUUGAAAUUCGACUCGAACUCGUGGCAGCCGCUGAAGAUCUUUGGUCUGCUGAUCUCCACCUCGGUGUCGAUGAAGCCGAAAGGGACCAAGGAGAAGCUAAUAUUUUUCUACGUCAUGUUGCCUUCGUCGGUAUUCUCGGCUGGUCUGUACCUGGAUUUGACCACCAUGAGCAUAAACGAGAAAACACAGACGGAGUACACGAGCUUCAAGGAGCUGGACGAGUCUGGGUUGACACCCGCUGUCUUCGAUCCGCUCAUAAACGCUACUUUUCUCAUCGAUGACCCAUCUUUUCUUUCGCUGAAGAAGAAGGUGAUCCCCAUCAGCGAAAUCGGUGAUUGCAUGCUUUACUUGAAGCGGUACAGGAACGUCACCUGCUUCUCGAGUUCGGAGAUAGCGAACAUAGCCAUCAACCAGGAAGCACGUAGGGGAUUGGUUACCAUGAAAAUUUGCAAGAAUCUCUGCUACGCGAAGCCACCGGUCGCGAACUUCAUGAGCAAACACACGCCGUACAGAGAUCGGAUAGUGGAGAUCAUAAUGCGUCUGCAUAUAGCCGGUAUUAAGAGAAAAUGGCACUACGACUACAUCGGGAAGUUCAUCAAUAAGCAUCCUCGUGUCAUGAGGUUCAGUAGUUUAUCCAAAUCGUCCUACACGCGGAAUCUGGUGUACAUCCUCAGUGGUGGAUACUUUCUGUCAUUUUUCGUCUUCUUUGGAGAGAUUUUGAUUCACGGAAUGGGCAAGAAUUGCAAGCAAGCGGGACGUUUUUGA